ACAUGGUUAAAGCCAGGAAGUACGUAGUGAAAAAUUAUUUCGAAGGAGUUCCAAAGCGAGAAGACUUCGAAGUAGUAGAAUAUGAACUACCUCCAUUAAAAGAUGGUGAGAUCUUGGUCAAAACUGAAUGGCUUAGUGUUGACCCAUAUCAACGCGCCUACAAUUAUUUGUUCAAGGUACCAUAUGAUCAGUUUGGUUUUCAAGUUGGAAUUGUACAGGAAAGUAAGGAUCCCAAGUUUUCUGUUGGAAUGAAAGUAGUAACGCAUAAAGGUUGGAGCGACUAUACCAUCGCCAAAGAUGGAGAACUCAGUGGACCUGUCGGCUAUGUUUACCCGCUUCCUGAUUUGAAAGGUCUAUCGCCAUCAUUAGGAAUCGGCGCUGUGGGUAUGCCAGGAGUCACUGCCUAUUUUGGUUUUCUAGAAAUCUGUAAACCAAAAGCCGGUGAAACAGUUGUUGUGACGGCAGCCGCAGGAGCGGUGGGAUCUCUUGUAGGACAAAUUGCUAAGAUUAAGGGUUGCAAAGUAAUCGGUUUUGCGGGUUCAGAUGACAAAGUGGAAUGGCUGGAAAAGAAACUUGGUUUUGACAAAGCACUGAAUUAUAAAACUGUAAACAUCGCGGAAGCGCUUAAGGAAGCCGCACCUAAUGGCGUGGAUUGUUACUUCGACAAUGUCGGUGGAGAAAUAAGCAGUAUUAUUAUCAAUCAAAUGAACAAAUUUGGAAGAGUAUCUGUAUGUGGAAGCAUAGGUUCAAAUAAUAUGACGGACCUACCUAAAGCAACAAUCCUGCAGCCAGCGAUAGUCUCUCAACAGCUUACUAUACGAGGAUUCAUAACUGGCGAAUGGUAUGAGAGGUGGCAUGAGGGAUUCUCACAGCUUGUAGAUUGGAUCAAAAGUGGACAGUUAAAGGCAGGUGAACAUGUAACAGAAGGUUUUGAUAACAUUUUCGAUGCAUUUCUUGGAGUGCUCGCUGGUGAAAACAAAGGAAAAGCUGUCGUGAAAGUUUAA